GAGGAAGAGAAUCUAUGCAGUCAACAACAGGUCUAUGGAGGCCCUGAAGGUUUUAACAAAAGUUCUGAUGUUCCUGAAGAACGAUGCUCUGAAAACCAUCAACGUUCAUCCAGCAUGUGGAAAGUUCACAGCCUCUGACUUCACCUGGGUGUUGACUGUUCCUGCCGACUGGAAGGAUUUUCCUAAAGGGUUCAUGAUAGAAGCUGCUAUUCAGGCUGGUCUUGUAACAGAAGACACUAAAGGCAAACUGAUGUUGGUUCUGGAACCAGAAGCAGCUUUGACCUGGUGUUUGAAGCUUCCAUCUGAUGGUUUCUUCACACAGAACUACAGCAGAGACUCACAGGAUCCAUCUCCAGGACCAACAGAUGCUGGUACCAGCUGUAAUGAUCCACCAGGAAGUCAGGUGGCAGUACACUUUGAGAAGGAACCAGAAGAAACCAAAGUCCUGCUGGAGACCCAAAACAGAGACGGGAAACGGUACCUUGUUGUGGACUGUGGAGAUAUUUAUAUUAACAUCGCUGUUUAUGAAGUCCUGGAAGGAGGAACCUUGAAGAAGCUGCAGGAGGCCCCUAUAAACUUUCUAGGGGGACGAACUGUGGACAGAAAGUUCAAACAGUUCCUGGAAGAAAUUUUCUCUGAUGGAGUCUGGAAAGAAUAUGAAGAAAACUUCUCCAGUGAGGUUCAGAAAAUGAUGUAUGAUUUUAUCCGUCUCAAACAGGUGGAUGAAGAUGUUCAGAUCAGCUGCCCAUUUAGCCUGGGAAUGUGGGCUCAGAGAAAGAAAAAGAUUGAAACGUUCUUUGUCUCGGUGGAAGGAGCUUCCUGGGAUGAAGGAGUCAUCAGAAUCUCCAGAGAGAAACUGAGAUCUUUCUUUGAUGAGAGUCUGCAGGGCAUCACCAAGAGUCUCAGAGAAGAAUUACAGAAAGAUCUCAACAUUGGGUCUAUUGUGUUAGUGGGGGGCUUUGCUGAGAGCCAGAUACUACGUCAGCACAUCACUGAUCAGUUUGGACCUCAGUAUAAAGUUCUGUGUCCUCUUAGACCCCAGGAAGCCGUCCUGAAAGGAGCUGUAGAGCUGGGAAGAAACCCAAAGUUGGUGUCGUCUCAGAAAAAAGGCCCAGCUUGCUUGAAUUGGUUUUCAUGAGAUUUAUUUUUCUAUUUUUGUAACUAUGAUCUGGUUCUGAUUGCAGUAUUUGGGAAAGGAGGUGAGAGUAAAGGUUUUAUUUGCUUUUUGGUACCAGUAGAGUAACUACUACUAAUAAUACUAAUAAUAGUGAUGAUGAUAGGGAUUUCUAAGAUACGUCAUUUGUCAUUAAAUUUAACAAACUGAUAGAAACAAGAAACUUUAAAUUCUUAAUGAAUUAACAAUAAGGUUCUGACAAUGAUCCAAACUGUAGAUCUUCUCUGUAAAUGAGGUUAAAAUGUGUCAACAUGUAGUUUUAGUUCCUGAUUUAUGGUCCUGGAGAUGAAAUAUUUUGAUUCACUCUGUGGUAAAUCUGUGUAUUCUUUUAUAAUUAACUGAUUAUGGGUAUAAAUAACUUUAUUGACCGAGCUGCUGGUCUAAUUAUUAAAAAUAAAUGAAGGAGAAAAAGAUCAAAUACUUUAAAACGUAUCAAACUUCUGAUCCAGUAUCUCUAAUACAGUGAUGUGUUACAUAUCAUGUGUAUGAGGCUUUAAUUUAGAAAUCCCACAUGAAAGACAAAUAAAAUAUAGUUAGAUGAUUUAUAGACACUGAACUUCUAAUCAGGACAGAAAUCAUCCUUGACUGAGUUCACUCGUCUUCACAGCUUUUCUGAUCGAUUUGUCGGUAAAACGACGAAACGUAAUCAUGUCAAUGUUGUUACUUUAUUUUUAAUCAACAGCUCCUAGAAAAUAAAUAAAUACAAAUUGAA